AUGCCCAACGGAGGUUGUGGAUGCUGCGGUGGAAGUAACUGCACUGUGUGCUGCUACAGCAGCAGGAAGUCAUGCUGCAAGACACCAGUGUGCUGCCAGCCCAUGCAGUGCUGCAAGACACCAGUGUGCUGCCAGCCUACGCAGUGCUGCUACCCCACCACUUGCUGCAUGCCCACGCAGACCUGCUGCUACACUGUGAACAGUAACAGUGGCUGCUGCGGCGGUGGCAAUGGUGGCUGCUGUUGCUAA